AUGCUAACUGCUCGUGAAGAUCGUCAAGCGGAUGAGUUGCUGAAUUCGUUAACUGACUUGGACUCGGUUACACUACUGCUGCAACGGGAAAACCUCUAUCUCGACGAAGUGCGAAGUGUGUUUGAUGUUGUAUUGGACGAACAUCCUGCAAUGGCCAAUCGAAUUGCCCCAAAUGCAAGAACUGUGCAAGAUCUGGAUUUUGAAAAUUGCAUUGUCAAAAUUUUGGAAGGUCGUGAAUUCGACCUUACGCCACAAGAACGUGCAAGUGCUGUGAGUUUGCUCAAGAGGUCCGCCACCCGCGAAGCGACUACAGCACCCGCCUCCACUUUGGCCGAGCGCGCUGCUAUUCGCAUGGCCAACGCACCAGCAGCGUCGGAUUACAUGGACCUUCGCUUCCUUCGUCCAACCUCCAACAUCUGCGAGAGAUUUUUUUCGGUUGUGAAGCAUGCCUUGUCGGACAACCGCAGUCGAAUUUUGCCAAAAAAUAUUGAGGCUCAAAUGUUUCUGCAUUUUAAUGCAGAAUUCUGGACCGCUGAAGACAUUCGCGAUUUGACGGACGCCGAAGUUGAAGACUAA